AUGAGUGCCCGCGCUGCGUCCUCUCUCCCUCGGGUGGCCCGCCUCCACACCGCGGCUAGUAUCCGACGCUGGCCGGCCAACUUUAGCUCGACAGGAUCAGUCCGGGCAUUCUCAACGACGCUGCACCGCGACGCGACUUGGGGAUUUGUUGGAUUGGGCCAGAUGGGUUAUAACAUGGCCAAGAACCUGCGCGCCAAGAUUCCCGCAUCUGAUACGCUAAUUGUGCGCGACGUCAAUGAGGAGGCCGUAAAGCGCUUUGUCGCGGAGGCCCAGGAGGCCGCUCGAAGCAACGGCGCUGGCGCCGACGAAGGCCGAGUUGAGAUAGCUGAGAAUGCGCGCGAGGUUGCGGAGAAGUCGACCGUGAUGAUUACCAGUUUGCCCGAGUCGCAGCAUGUCAUUGAUGUGUACCACUCGAUUCUCAAACAUGGCGAGCUUCCCGCGCUCGAUCAGGAGCGUUUGUUUAUCGACACAUCUACGAUUGACCCGGUGACGUCCAAGGAUAUCGCCAAUGCCAUCCAUACCACUCAGACGGGUCGAUUCGUCGAUGCUCCUGUCUCCGGGGGUGUCGUUGGUGCCCGCGCAGGUACUCUGUCAUUCAUGUUCGGUGCUUCCUCGCAGACAGGAGAGCUGCUUGAGCGUGUACGGGGAGUCCUCGCUCUGAUGGGCAAAAAGGCCUGGCACCUCGGUGACCCAGGUUCUGGUGUCUCCGGAAAGCUUGCCAACAACUAUAUGCUGGCCAUCAACAAUAUUGCGACGGCCGAGGCUAUGAACCUGGGCAUCCGCUGGGGACUCGAUCCCAAGAAUCUGGCCGAUAUGAUCAACUCCUCCACUGGCCGUUGCUGGCCCUCAGAGGUGAACAACCCCGUCCCUGGGGUGAUCGAGACCGCUCCCGCCUCCCGUGGGUAUGAGGGCGGAUUCGGGGUCAGCCUGAUGAACAAGGACCUGCGUCUGGCUCUCGCUGCUGCAGAGAAGUCUGGAACUCCUCUGGCUCUGGGUGGCCAAGCACGCGAGGUGUACAAUGCUGUGGAGGAAGCCCACCGUGGCAAAGAUUUCUCAGUUGUUUAUGAGUGGCUGCGGAGCAAGUCUGAACCUCAAUAG